UCCGGCCUGAGACCACGCCCCCGGAAGCGGUGCCCGGGUUCAGAAAGCGCGCGCGGAACGCGGGCUUGGGGACCCGGCACAGGGGAGCCGGGGAGCGGAGCCCGGGUCAGGGGUCCCCGGAGGACCAUGGGCGCCUCCAGGCUCUACACCCUGGUGCUAGUGCUGCAGCCUCAGCGGGUGCUCCUGGGCAUGAAGAAGCGAGGCUUUGGGGCCGGCCGCUGGAAUGGCUUCGGGGGCAAAGUUCAAGACGGAGAGACCAUCGAGGACGGGGCCAAGAGGGAGCUGCAGGAGGAGAGCGGUCUGACUGUGGACGCACUUCACAAGGUGGGCCACAUCGUGUUUGAGUUCGUGGGCGAGCCUGAGCUGAUGGACGUGCACAUCUUCUGCACAGACAGUGUCCAGGGGACGCCCGUGGAGAGCGAUGAAAUGCGCCCUCGGUGGUUCCAGCUGGACCAGAUCCCCUUCUCGGACAUGUGGCCCGAUGACAGCUACUGGUUUCCCCUCCUGCUCCAGAAGAAGAAAUUCCACGGGUACUUCAAGUUCCAGGACCCCAACACCAUCCUGGACUACACGCUACGCGAGGUGGAUGAGGUGGACGAGGCAGAAGUGCGCUGGCUCCUACGGGCCAUGGGACCCACUUCAUCCGUUCACUGAGCCCCGAGGCAGAGCUGGGGUCUUGGGGGUGGG